CGUGCACUAGGACCCGGUCGUCACUAGUUAACACAGCCACAAUUAUGGCUAACCCCCGUCUAUUUCUACAAUUUAUCUUGUUAUAAUCCGAUUUUGAACCUAACCCCGUGCCUAACGCUAACCUUAAAUUAAGACCAAAAAAGAAUGUUAGUUUAAAUAAUUUUUUUUACGAUACAGACAAUUUUGACUUUGUGGCUGUCUAUUGGAAACCCUAGGAUGAUUUGACAGCAGUCUACCUAUCAAACAUGGCUGACCAAAACAAAACAUCAGCUAAAGUAGAAUUCGGCAAUGAAUUACUAAACCCAUCUGAGCUGUUCGAAGCCCGCACGCUCAGCCACAAGAUCCCGGUGCGCGGGCAGAAGGAUUUCAUUCCCACUGGGUCGGAUCAGCAAAGGGAUAGGCUUCAGCAGAGUUUGGACGAGCACUGGAAUCUAGUAUCUGAGGAGCGAGUGGAGAGGUUAGGGAACCUGGUGAAGGCAGUGUGGAUUCCCAGUGACAUGAUAGUGGAGCUGCAGUCACCAGCAGGGAAGUUUUGGCAGACUAUGGGGUUUUCUGCCCAUGGUAAGCAAUGUCUACAUCCAGAAGAGGCUCUCUAUCUAAUGGAGUGUGGAAACCUGCAGGUGUUCUACCAAAACCUGCCACUGUCCAUCCAAGAGGGCUAUGAGAGAUUUCUAUACUCGAAGACAAUGAGUAUACAGCAUUACCAGGUUUUUGGCCAUUUGAAGCGACUUGGUUAUGUGGUGAACAGAUUUGAUCCCAGUUCUGUGCCAUCGCAGUAUGAGAGGCAGUUGAACCUGCCCCAGUCCCGAGACAGAUCAGGAAGACUUCCGAAGAGGAAACGCAGCCACAGCCCCACCUCCAGGCACACAGGAACACAGGAGGGCCCCACUUCUAAGAGAAUGGAGGAGGAGAAAGACUGCAACAGAGAGGAAGAGGACAAGAAUCCUGACUCUCUUCCAGAUCUUUCAGCCCCAGACAUUGACGAAAUCCAGACAGCAUCACACGUUGACCCCACCACUUCAACCGAGGGUGGCCAGGGCAGGAGCUGGUGGUCAAAGGAAGGCUCCCCAGAGCCUGACUCUGAGCUGCCAGGUCAGCCCCAGAGCUCACCUCGCUGGGACUUCAGCUCCAUCCCUUUCCCAGACCUGGGCUCCAGACGCUGGCUCCCCAGCAGCCUGACCUCCCCAGACCCCUGCUUGCUGCCCGGGGCUGUGGGGUCAGUGGGGGCCUGCGAUGUGGCCCCCUGGCUGCAGAGGCUCAACCUGCGGGAGGUGAGGAUGUCCCGGCGUGAGUGGGAGAGGGAGCAGCACAGGGACCGGUACCGGAGGGACAUCAACCAGGACAGAGAGGUACGACGUUGCAGGAACUGGGCAGAGUACCAGGAGCUACAGGAGAGAAGGAUUCAACGGAGCCGCAGAGAUAGGCCAGCACACCUGUGGGAGGGGCCGGUCACACCCCUACAUGACCCUGCACAGGUCACUUCAACUGGUGAGCUGCUGGAUAAAAUCAGUGUGAUCAAAUCCACACGGCUGCUGGAGGGAGCAUCCAGUUUGAAAGGUUCAGAGGAGUGGAGAAUCUGUUUCAACAUUUACCAACCCGACACGGUCGCUGAAUUCAAGAAAAGUGCUCCUGGAAAACCCUAUUCUCGCAUGUGUGUGUGCAGUUUCGAUGGUCCAGUGCCUGACUUGUGGACACUGAAAUUGCUGACUUUCCAGAGUGGGGACGUCCCGGUCACCUAUGCAGUGGUGGACCACGGGGACAUCUCCUUCUACUCCUUCAAGGACUUCCAGAUACCCACAGACGUGUCCUUCUGAGGGCCUGACCACAGUUAACAGUCACACAGCCCUGGUUUAACUACUGCACCAUGCCAGGGCUGCCUGUGGUGGAUCUGAAACUCUGCAACUGGAACUAAUGCCAAAGAAAUGAACGAAACGGAAUUGUCUUAGUGAAUUGAUGGACUGCAGUCCUCACACUGUUUGAUGCUGUAGUAUGCCUUCCUCCUGUGUUGCAGACUUCUUUUAGUGGGAUAUGAUCAUCUGCAUCUGAUUGAAGGUAACCUACAUUGUCUCCUCUCCAAACAAUGUCACCAUGUCUUAUACCAAGCAUGGUUUUGUAAAGCCUCUGAAGAUUUUGAGCCGAAUUGGCUCGGUUUUCUUCUGCCUUUAUCUCAUCACCACCAUUGGUUUUCUGGUAUUCAUAUACUGUAUCACGAGUGGCUUCACUAUGUAUAUACUUAGUAUAGAUGCAGUAUGUGUAGAUCAUACGUAUAUCUCAGCCCUUUAUUUUUGUCUAUCUGCCCAUAUUUUAGAUCCAAUCAGCUUUACUGACUGGCCUUUUGUUGUUGUAACCUCACAUGUUUAAGUUACCUGACUCUUGUUCUCUUGUUUUUGUUUCAAAUUGCUUGUAAAUGGUGGUCUGUAUCUGUAGAGUUUAUCUUCACAUUAUGUCUUUGUGGUUGAGUUAUUGUUGCAUUGUUCUCAUUGUCCUUCCUAACAAAACCAAUCCCCCAAAACCCAAGCAGUGCCUACCAUACACAUAACAUCACAUAACAUUACAUACAUAAAGAAAACAACCUUUAUUCUACUUUUAUGACAUUCUGUCUGAAAUCUGUGGGACUAGUAAUAACAUGUUCUUUCCAUUUCCUUUGGGUGGCCUAAUCUGAAGAUGUAAAGCACAUACUCUUCUUUCUUAUAUCAGUCCACAAACUCAGUGGUGUUAAAACAUUGAGAUGAGGUUACUGACCACAACCUGCUCCUCUCAGCUGUAGUUUACCAGCAAACCCUGACCAGCAGUCCAUCUGUGAUGUGCAGUACAAUAAAUACACUGGAUCUCUA